AUGAAGUUCGCACGUUACCUCGACGAAAACACCGUCCCAGAGUGGAGAAAAGUCUACAUACAGUAUCGCGGUCUCAAGAAGCUCAUCAAGCGCGUCGCAGAGCAUCGCGAGGCAAGGUUACGCUUGCAAGCCGAGCUGGAUAUUCCUCACGCCCAUUCCAGCUCGACAGCGAUAGCUGGGUCUGCGUCAUCACCAGAUCCAUACAUUCGUCGUAGAAUCCCUGCUGGUGCCUCUUCCACCAACUCGGACCGGGAAGCACAGUCGACGCUCGCCUCCAGCUCCGGAUAUAAGCAGCGUACAGAUUACGGAGGCACCAAUGGCCCCGCUCCUUCGCUACCACAACUACCUCCUGUCACGCUUCAGGGGACGGGCCUUCGACUCUCCUCCGACAGCCCUUCCUACGAUGGGUCCACUCCUCCACGCGAUCCGGACUCGGAUCUCGAGGCUCAAGCCGUGACCCGGCCAUCGGCUCCGGCAGCACACACAUCCUCGCAGCUUCAUACACACCCAUCCAUAGACACAGCAGCCAGCGCAGACACGUCCGUCUCGCUUCACCGAGAUGCACCCACUGCAGCCGCCGCCGGCACCACCACCACCAACGUGCGCUACAAAGACGACGCUUCUCCGCCUUCACGAUCGGCAACCUCCCGCAGGGCCGACAGCUCCAGCGGCUCCAGCAAGCAACGACUCCUUGACCGAUCCGGCUCUUCUGCUCGCAUGUCCAAUCGCUCCCUCAAAGACGACCCUCCACAAACGCUCCAGGACCUCAUCGCCGCCAACUUUGACGACCAGGAAGCCAAGCUCUUCUUCGCCUGCGAUGCCGAGCUCGAACGCAUCGUCGACUUCUACGAAGCCCAAGAACAUUCCGCCGCCAAAAAGUACUCGCAGCUUGCACGACAGCUCCAGGAACUCGCAGAGCAUCGACGCGAGUACCGAGCAAAGUACAACAUCAGCGAUUCCGAUCGUACCGGUGCUGGUUCGCGUCGUCAUCGGAUGUCGCAGCUGCUCUCCAACCUGCCCGGAUCCAGGCUGAUUGCGGCAGACGAAGUCGCCAAUCGCGUCAAGGCGAUUCCUGCGCUCUCCAUCUCGAAAACGCGCGAUGCGCAGGGAUCGACGCCGCAGCCACCGUCGCGCUUCUCCACCGAUCUGUCGACCAACAACAACGGCAAGGGCCGCAGCGACAGUAGCGGCGAGGACGACGAUGCAGGCGGAAAACGUAGAGCGCAGGCGUUGGCAAAGAUGCAGGCCAGCUUGCGCGGCUGGGACGACGAAACAGACAAGGCCAUCCGUCAGGCCAACAAGGCCGCUGCCAUGAGUCACGAUCCCGAAGCCUACGCCGCUGCACGCAAGAAGCUCAAAGCAGCCGUGCUCGAGUACUACAAGUUCCUCGACACGCUCACCAACUACAAGAUCCUCAACCGCACCGGCUUCGCCAAAGUCAUGAAGAAGUUUUCCAAGACGGUGGGAGUGCCGUGCACCGAUCUGUACUACAAGGAUCGCGUGGCGCCGACGAUCUUGGUCACGUCGGAUCGGGUGGAGAAGCUGCGCAAGGCUACCGAGGACAUCUACACGGCCUACUUUGAGCACGGCAAUCGAAAGCAGGCGCUCAACAGGUUGCGAGCGAGGGAGGAUCACACGACACAUCACUACAGCGUCUUUCGAAGUGGAUUUUAUCUGGGCAUCUCGCUGUGUGCUGUGGUGGCCGGGUUGAUAGAGGCGAUGAAACCGGACACCCAACGUGCCAUUCCGCAGUGGCAGGCUCUGUUGCGCGUAUACGGAGCCGAGUUCAUCCCAACGCUCUUCGCGCUGCUUUUCGGCCUCAACCUCGCUUGGUGGCACGCCGUACGCAUCAACACCGUCUUCAUCUUUGAAUGGGACGUACGCACCACCAUGGACCAUCGACAGUUCUUCGAGAUCCCCGCCCUGCUCAUGCUGUUUCUGUCGUGCUGCUUCUGGGUGUCGUUCGUCAACCCGUUCCCGGGAGCCAUCGAACCGACCGUGUGGCCUACGGUGUGGUUGGUUAUCGUGGCGGUGGUGCUGCUGAACCCGUUGCCGAUCUGGAUGCCUGCGAGCCGGGCUUGGUUCGCCAAGAGUUGGGCGAGAGUGUUCACCGCCGGUUGGAAGAGGGUCGAGUUCCGGGAUUUCUUCCUAGGCGAUGAGUUGAACUCGGUGGCUUGGUCGAUGAGCAACUUCUGGUACAUCGGGUGCGAGUGGAGGCACGAUUGGGAGUUCCCGGACAGGUGUAGUCCCAACAGCACGUACUGGACGGCGGUGCUGUUGUCGGUUCCGGCGUGGUUGAGGCUGGGUCAGUGUAUCCGACGUUGGAUCGACAGCGACUACCGCACCCACCUGCAUCUCGUCAACGCCGGCAAGUACUCUAGUGCGGUGCUGAACAACUUUAUGUACAUCCACUACCGACGCAACGGCUCAUACGCUGGGGUGGAUCGAGCGCUGUGGAUUCUGUUCGCGACGAUCUACUCGCUCUGGCACAUCGCUUGGGAUCUGCUGAUGGAUUGGUCGCUGCUCAAACCCAGAGCCAAGUACUUUCUCCUCCGAAACGAAAUCUCCUUCCCACAAACCAUCUACUACGUUUUCAUGCUCGUCGAUGUUAUCGGUCGAUCCGUCUGGAUCAUCUACCUGCUUCCGGGGAGCGCCACGGUGACCCUGCGAUCGUUCCUAGCCGCCUUGGUCGAGAUGAUCCGCAGGGUGUGCUGGAACAACCUUCGAGUGGAGAACGAGCAGAUCGGAAACACGGAUUCGUUCAAGAUCAUGCGCGAUCUACCGCUGCCCUAUCGGCAGAAGCUGAUGGACGAAGGGGAGCUGUUGGGGGAGUCGGGGAACGAGGGAGUGCACAAGACGGGCAUUUUUUCCACCGUCAAGCUGGCCAGUCUGAGGAAGAAAUCGCUCGCCACCACCGCUUCCCACCAAACCCACGAUCUCCCCCAGCAAGAACACACGCAAACUUCACCAGCGCUAGACGUCAGAGGAGACAAUACGCACGCCCAAAAACGAGCCUCUCUCAUCGAAGGAUUACGCAGCAAAUUGGUUCCCGAUGCCAAGGGAGAGCAUUACGGAAAGCAACUCGACGAAAGAGCUGCGACGAAAGGCGAUACGGGGCGAGACUAUGCUCCUAGACGACACGAGAGUUUGCCCGGGUAUGUUGAUGUGGACAGCGACGAUGAAGAGGACGAAAGCGAGACGACGGCGGACGAGGCGGCGAGGGAGAGACCGUCGAUGGAGCAGCGAGGGUCGAUGGCUGACCUGCCGAGAUCGCCACCCAGAGCGAGAUCCAGAGGUUGA